AUGUCAUCGUGCCUACGAGAGAUCUCGGCUUGGUCUCCCGCCCUCGAUGCUAUCGAAUAUAACUAUCGUUCCCUCUUCGAUGAGUCAAUCCAGUAUGGUGGCCUGCCAAGUCCUGAAAUCGACGCAAAUUGGGAUGAUCUUGUAGCAGAACGGCCUUUUGCGCUGACAGAAGUCGAAGUCACUGACAAGCUCAGACAUUCAGCCACCAAAGCAGUCCAUUUUACAGAAGAGGAGGGUGGUGAAUACCUCGGUUUCCUCGAGGUUUUCCACCAAUUGCAUUGCAUUAACAUGCUUCGCAAGUUCGUCUAUUCAGACUACUACGCGUCUGACAGGGCGCUGCUGGACACGCCCGACAACGUCCGCAUGCACAUGGAUCAUUGUCUUGAAAUGCUUCGUCGCAAUGUCAUGUGCUACGGCGACGUGUCGGUGCUCACCUAUACGUGGAGCGCGAAAAAAGACAUUCCCAACCCAAACUUCGAUGUGAUGCACAAGUGCCGGAACUUUGACAGAAUCGUGGACUGGAAUCGAAACGGUGAGAGGGCAUUGAACAGAACACCGACAAAACCGGUUUAG